AUGUCGGUGCUGGGUGCUCUGGCAGCGGCGCUCGGCCGCGGGCGGCGCGCCCCGCGGGUCGGCUUCACACGCCUCACCACCAAGCAGGGCCCCCGCGGCUACUACAAGGGAAAGGGCGCCGCGCCUACGGGAAAACACACCAGCAAGGGCGGCUACACGCAGCAGGAGGCCAAGCACCCGCAGUACAUUGUGCCCGACCUGAGCGACUUCAAGCUGAAGCCCUUCAUUGCCACCGACACCGUGAAGCCGACACCAGCAUGA